AAAAGGGAGGUUAUCAAAAGAGAAUACAUAUCGAAAAGAACUCAUCGGAUUUUCUCUCUUCUCUUUCUUCUUUAUAGUGAUUGAUCCUUGUGAACAGGUGCAGUACGAUUGGACGCUGAAUAGUUGGCGUUGUUAGUGCUGUCUACGCGUGUCAUAUGUAUUUCGUGGCAUUUUAUUAAAACGCAAUGCAUCCGUAAAUCUUGUGUUAAUCAAUCUGUCGUUGUCUGGAGCAAGUGGAUCGCUAAUAAAAUAGCGGUUUGUCAUAGUAUUGUUUAUAAAAAAUAUUAUUCCAAGUGCCGGACGGCAUGAAUGUUUACAACGCGUCGUCAGCGGCCACCACCGUCGUCGCCGCUGCCGCCGCUGUUGGAGCAGUCGAGGGUUCUGAUGAUUGGGUUGAAUUCUGUGAUAGACACGCCCGCGCUGCAGCUUCUGAUUUUGCCAAGGCUUUUUGUACAUACGUCAGCUUAAACUUGCCGGAAAGUGCUCGAACUACUCUUUCGCACCGGGAUUUUCUUAGGAAAUUUAUUGAUACAUUCUGCGAACAUUUCGAGAAUGAGUACCUUAGACGAAGUGCGAGAUCACCAUCAUUCCACGAUACACGUCAUGUAAUACCCAACUCUACUAGUCAAAAUAAUCGAACACCUUUACGUGCUUCAUCACAUGAGGAAUUUAGUGAUUACUCAGAACAUGAUGGCGAGAUCGUAUCACCUAAACCAACUCAUAAGCCAUUUUUUCGGAGGUUAUCAUUCAAGGGAUUUAAAAAGGGGAAAGGUUUCUUUCAUAAACAACAAAGUGAUGAAGUGGAACUUUCUCACAGUGAUUCUAGAAAAGAUAAACAUACUAAAUCGAAACUUUCCAAAAUUGUUGUCGAAUGUCGAAAGGAGGGAGUUGUUAAUACGUUAAUGGGCGAAAAUCCUGAUGGAACACAAAAGUGGGAAAAAUCUAGAUUAGCUCUUAUCAAGGCAAUUGGUGGAUAUAUGUUAGAAUUUUAUUCUCCACCAAAAGCUGUGAAACCUCGAAGUGGAGUAUUUUGUUCGGUAAUAACAGAAGCGCGUGAAACGACAGCAUUAGAAAUGCCUGACCAUGAAAAUACAUUUGUAUUAAAAACACAAAAUGCAGAAUUCGUAAUUGAAGCUCAUGAUUCCGCUGACAUGAGAUCGUGGCUAGCAACAAUUAGAUAUUGUAUGAGGACAGCAUUUUUAAACUCAAUGAAUUCAACAACCAAUGAUUCAUCUGGGGAUGGUUUAGGACAUUCAUCAACGGCAGGUCAAGAUGGUGAUCGUGUGAGAGCCAAUUCUGCUAGUAAAAGUUCUCGUUCUGGUCAUGAUCACGCUAAUGAUCUCACCAAUCCACCGGAAUUACCUCCUAGACUUCGUACUCGUAGUAAUAGUAAUCUUGAGCUGUGCUCAUCUCAACAAGAAAUUGAACAAAUGAGUGGAAAUGAAGGAGAGCCAGAUAUUGCCGUAAGUUUACGAGAGUAUCCGUGGUUUCAUGGAACACUUCCUAGAUCGGAUGCCGCACAAUUGGUAUUACACAAUGCUGCAAAUGGUCAUGGAGUAUUUUUAGUUCGACAAAGUGAAACGAGAAAAGGAGAAUUUGUAUUAACAUUUAAUUUUCAAGGAAGAGCGAAGCAUUUAAGAAUGACAUUAAAUGAACAAGGCCAUUGUCGUGUUCAGCAUCUUUCUUUCCCGGCAAUAGCUGAUAUGUUGGAUCACUUUAGGCAGAAUGCAAUACCAUUAGAAUCAGGUGGAACAGCAGACGUGAUGUUAACAGAAUUUGUGGUGGCAAAUCAUGCGUUACGUCCAGUGGUUCAUCCUGUAGCAAAUACGAAUCUACAGACACCUCAAGAGAGGAGACCCGCCGCUGUCCCGGAGCCCAGAGAAGUUCAAACAUAUGGAGGAUCAAUAAGAACAAGAACAGAGUCUUUGGAACGGCUUGAGCAACAAAACAGUAAUAUGGAUCAACAAGCAAUGACUUCGUCAAGCAAUAGAGCUAUUCAAAAUACCUAUAGUUUUCUUUGACGAUGGAUCCGUAGAGCUUUACCAUCAGGGUAUCGUUUAGUCAGUCCCCCAGAUUGAACACCUUUAAGGAUUGAGUAUAAGUCUCAAAUAAUGUUCCCUGACUAUUUUAGUCAAAGUUUUAUGCUAGAGUUUUUGAACCUUUCAAUGUCUCUAUAUUCUCAACCAUAUUUUGUCGAUGUCAAAGUAACUAUCAUAAGGACAGAAAAUGAACAUCCUAAGCUCAAUUUAUUCUAGCAGUAUACAAAUGAAAUUGAAAAUUACCAUUUAUAUUUUGUCCCUAUAAGACUGCCGCUUCCCAAAUUGAAUAUGUAGCUAUUUGAAUAGCUAUGAUUCAAGCUUCAGCUCAAUAUUUAAAUACUAAUUGCAUAAAUAAUAUUUUGAGCAGCCAA